AGUACCAACAACCUGCGAGUUUUUCACGAUAAAUUCAUUUAUUCGUCUCAUAUCUCGCCUAGUAUUGCCUUCUUUCUUCCUGAUCUUCUCUCUCUGAAACCCUAAAAAAUAAAAAAAUAAUAAAAAAAAGGGGCAAAAAUCCUUGGCUAGGUUUUGUAUCAAAUUGCCUCUGAUUCGUCCUUUCGAUUUUUCUUUUUGUAGAGUUGUGGAUCUUGUAUUCAGGCAAAUAUGAAAGGGGCUACCAACUUCAGGAACCAAGCUUCUUCAGGGAAGCAAUCUUUCCUUCCCCCCAAAUGUCCAUUUCCAAGUGUUUCUCCAUCUUAUGGUGACUAUGGCUCAAUAGGAUCAAAACUAAUCCCGAAGCCAAGUGAUGGGCAUAGACACCAUCAUCGUACGUCCUCUGAGAGCUUUCUCAUUGAGGAUCAACCUUCUUGGCUUGAUGAUCUUCUUAAUGAGCCAGAGAUUCCUGUGAAGAGAGUAGCUCAUCGCAGGUCAUCAAGUGACUCAUUCGCUUACUUGGAUGCAAAUUCUAUGUACUCUAGAGUUGGUGAUUUAGCCCAGGAGGAGUAUAGACACAAAGCUGUUCGGUCGGCACCUCAAUGGGGAAGACCAGAAUUUGAUCAGCUUACAAAUGGUCACUGGGCAAAUUAUUAUAGGGAAGCAAAGACAUCUGCUAGAGCUCAAGUUGGAGGAUGGGAAUCAGGCAUGAAUAUGGUUAACUACCAAAGCGGUGUUCCACUGUCAAAGGACAAAGGGAUGAAUAUAAGAUCCUCCACUGCGUUGAGGGAACCUGACGUCACUACAAAUGUUGAGAAGCAGGAGCAGGAGUCUAAUCAAGACUUCAAAGGGAUAUCUGAAAAAAGGGAAGAUUCUCUUGUGAAACAAUCUCAAACUGAGACAGAUACAAAGCGGGUUAAACAGCAAUUUGCUCAGCGAUCGCGUGUUCGGAAACUUCAGUACAUUGCAGAACUGGAGAGAAAUGUUCAAGCUUUACAGGCAGAAGGUAUGGAAGUUUCAGCGGAGCUGGAAUUUGUGGAUCAGCAGAAUCUUAUACUGAACAUGGAGAAUCAAACCCUGAAGCAACGGCUUGACAGUCUAGCACAGGAGCAUCUCAUUAAAAAGCUCCAGCAAGAAAUGUUGGAGAGAGAAAUUGCUCGUCUUCGAUUAUUGUUUCAGCAGCAGCAGCAACAGCAACAAUCACCACAGCCUGCUUCUGCUCAUAAUCGUAGUAAAAGCAGAGAUCUCGAAUCGCAGUUUACCAAUCUCUCCUUAAAGCACAAAGAUGCAAAUUCUGGAAGAGAACCAGUAACUGGCCCUCUCCGUACUUGAGCUACUCCCCUCGGCCCCCCGUCUCUAUAUGUGGCUUUCCAGGCUUUGGUUGGCGAAGUGAGCUAGAUGGAUUCUUAGCAAACUCUCGAAGAUGAAUAAUUUCAGGACGUAAUUCUUACUUUCCUUUUCAUCCACUUUAUUCAAAGAUGUGCACCUGGCUGAGGCUCAAGACUCGCCGGAGGUGUUAGGUUUUUUUUUUCUCUUCCUUUCCUCAUCUCUGUAUUUCUCUAUGAAGUUACAGUUCUUAAUCUAUGGCUUUUGUGCUGUUCUCCCUCAGAUUCUUCAAAAACUGUUUAUAUGCGAAUUCUUCUUUUGGUGCUUCCUGUCGACACGCAAAGGAACCAUGAUCUUAUUUGACAACUGCAUAACUUUUUUCGUAAA